AUGACUAUUGGGAGAACUAAGAAUCAGGUUUUUGGGUACCUAAAAAGUAUAAUCACUAGUAAGCUUCAAGGAUGGAAACAUAAACUGUUUAGUCCAGGGGGUAAGGAGGUCCUUAUCAAAUCUGUCAUUAUGUCCAUGCCUACAUAUGUUAUGUCCUAUUUUAAACUCCCCAAAGGCUUGUGUAAGGGUAUUAGUGCAACUAUUGCUAGGUUCUGGUGGGAUGGUGGGAAAUUAGGAAACAAGGUGCACUGGGUUAGAUGGAAUAAGCUGUCCGAAGUUAAAGGGAAAGGGGGGUUGGGCUUUAGAGAUUUGGAAGCUUUCAAUGUUGCCUUGCUUGCAAAACAAAUUUGGAGAGUCAUUACCAAUCCUAAUUUGUUAGUAAGCAAGGUUCUGAAAGAUAAGUACAUGAAGAGUGAUGACUGGCUGAUCAAAAAGCCACUGAAAACAGCAUCUUGGUGCUGGAAAAGCAUGAACAAUGGGGGAGAGCUACUACAACAGGGUUUAUACAAGAGGGUGGGAGAUGGAAGGACAAUAAAAAUCUGGAAUGACAGGUGGCUACCUGGAUCAAUCCAUGGGAAAAUAGCCACGACAAGACCAGACGGCUGUCAGCUAGAGUUCGUUCAUGAGUUAAUAGAGGGGAGGAAGUGGAAGACUGAUCAAUUGCAGCUCUGGUUUAAUGCAAAUGAUAUGGAGCUCAUAACUAGUGUACCUCUUAGUCCUUAUGAUAGGAAAGACAGGUUGUAUUGGGAUCAUAGCAAGUCUGGGGUAUAUACAGUUAAAACAGGUUAUGUUGUUGCAAAAGGAGGAAGGGACACCAUGAUCCGCAGGUCAGAACCUGACUCUGAGACUAGCUAG